UCGAUUUAACAUCUUGCAACACUCGUAAUAGUAUAGCCAAGGCAUAUUUAAUAGGGCGGCCGCAUCGGCGAAUUGCUACAACAAAGCAUCUUUUUUGGGAACUUGAUAUGUCAAAAUUUGUAAGCAAGGCGAAUAAAAUUCUAUUCGCCACGAAAUUUAAAAUUUGCUUCGACCAAUCAGAGCAAGAAGUUUAUUUAUUUUUUAAUGUCAACCAUUGACCUGAGCUAUGACUUUGCUCUGAAGCGAUUAUGUGUGGCCAAAGAGGACAGCUGGCGUGGCAUACAGCCCUCCAACUACAGUUCAGACUUUAAUCCAGAACCGCCUAUAUUUGCUGCCAAAUUUGCCAACUGUGAUGGCUAUCGUCAUAUGUUGGCCAUUGCCAAUGAAGAUGGCAAAAUUGCUUUGCAAGACACCACACAGAGGAAUUACGAGCCGGAGGAGAAGGCACUAACAGCUCCACAAUGUCAUUAUAAUGCGGUUUUCGAUUUGGAAUGGUCUCCGGGACAAAUGCGUUUUAUCUCAGCAUCAGGCGAUCACACUGCCCGCCUAUGGGAAGUUACAAACAGUGAAAUUUUGGCAGUUCGGCAUUUUGUGGGACACACAAGAUCCGUCAAGACGGCAGCAUUUCGCAAAAAUGAUUCAUCGGUUUUUGCCACAGGUGGUCGAGAUGGUGCUAUUAUUAUAUGGGAUACAAGAGCGAAUCUCAAUGUGGAUAUGACGCCACGAGCGGAUAAUUGUAUUUAUAGUGGCCACGUAGGUGGUCCCGGAACACCUGUGUCCCAGCGAAAACGUUCCCGUACGCCGAAAAUGCCACCAAAUACCACUUCAAGCAGCAUUACGGGAUUAGCAUUUCAAGACGAAAACACCUUGAUAUCAUGCGGUGCAGGAGAUGGCAUAAUAAAAGUUUGGGAUUUGCGACGCAAUUAUAGCACUUACAAAAAGGAACCACAUCCCAAACAUAGUUUGCCCUACGCUGGAUCCUCCACCUUCAAAGGAUUUACCAAUUUAAUUGUUGAUGAUGCCGGUUGUCGACUUUAUGCCAAUUGCAUGGACAACACCAUAUAUUGUUAUAAUCUCAAUUCGUACUCCCCAAAGCCAUUGGCUCGUUACCGUGGACUUUUGAAUAGUACGUUUUACAUUAAGUCUUGCCUUAGCCCAGAUGGCAGAUACCUGCUCAGCGGUAGUUCUGAUGAAAAAGCUUAUAUAUGGAAUCUAAAAUACCCCGAUGAGCCUUUGGUAGGCCUUUCGGGGCACACAGUGGAAGUGACUUGUGUGGCUUGGGGUUCAACACACGAUCGUCCCAUUGUCACCUGUAGUGAUGAUGCUCGACACAAAAUAUGGCGUAUUGGGCCGGAGAAUGUGUCAUCCGGCGAUAUGCAGGAAAAUUAUCGUGGCAAUGCCCAGUUUGUUAUGAAGUUUACAAAGCCCUCAAAUCCAGCGGCAUCCACACACAAAUAUAACCUCAGAGAUUUGGAGUCAACGCCAAGAUCGCUCAAAAGGCUGGUGGAGCAAAAUGAACGCACCCCAAAUACAGUGGAAAAAGUGGCAACCAAACGGAGCUUUCUCGAAAUGUUGGGUGCAGCCGCUACAAAUGAUGCAGAAGGAGCUGAUGUAGAUGGUGAAGGGCAGGAAAUUAAACGCCAAAAAACCUUGGAAACCAGAGGAAGAAGACUUUUCAGUCCCUGCCCUUCAAAUGCCAACAAUGCCGUGGCCAGCACUUCUUUGGGCUUAUCGGUGCGUUGUUUGCACAAACAGUUGGCCUCUAUACCAGAAGAACAUAAUAGCAGCGGUAUAUCUAACGCCCUAGACCAUCAUGAUGCUGCUUCAAAUAAUGAUUCUAAUCAAGAGAAUGCCCAACAGCUCUCAGCGAUAAUGCAUACACCACCGUCCAGUAUUGGAAUAUCGAAAAUAUUCCCCAGUAUAAAUACAACUCCAUCCCCAUUGGCGGAACGUAGACCACCAGUGCUGGAUAUGAAUCUUAAUGCUGCCGCUUAUACAUCACCUCCAUCCACAAGUUUACAAGCCACCCUUGCGACACAAACACAACAAGUGCCUUCUAUGAUAUAUUCACCCACCUCAAACCUGCCCAAUUAUGUGUUGGAUGGCGAAGCUCCCCAUUUGGGCAUAAUGUCACCCAAACGCAAAUUAAAAGACAAAGUCGAUUGGCUGACAAAGAUGAGAAAGCAAAAGCUACUAUCCUCAUGUCGAGGGACAACGCUGGCUGAGAAAAUACAAGAUUCGGUGCACACAGCACAGGGCCAAGAGGCUAAUGCUGGUGGGGGAGGUCCUGUAACGGCGGUAGCCUCACCGCGUCUACAAAGUCUAAGGCAAUCAGAAAGUAGUCCCAGGUCAACGACACCCAAACGUCGUCUUUCACAAAACCAUCACCACAUGUCGCCAUCAUCAUCAUCAUCGCCUCAUCAACCCAGAACACCUACAUCGAGUCGAAGAAAUAGUGAGACAACACUAUUGCGUUUUUUCAGCGUACAAGCCACAUCAUCAAUAUCCAGGCAAGAUGCACCAUGUACUGCCACAGCUUUGGCCACAGCAGAUGUGGGGGAAAUGAGGCCUCUCUCACCGGGCCCCACAGCGGCGACGCAACUGGUUGAAAAUAAUGUUCCCUCUCCAACGGUUACCAGCAACCCAGCAGCAACGACGUCUUUACCCGCAGCCACUACAGCCACCUGCUCUGAGUGACGUAUUAUCCUUUGCCUGCUAUAGCGUGCUCUCUAUAUUUUUCCAUUUCUGCAUUUUCACUUUUACAUUAUUUUUUUUUUUAUUUAUUUUUUCCCCAUUUAGAUGUAAUUCUAUCAUUCUCUUUGAUUUUGUUUGAUUACGUUUCUUAAAGUAUUUACCUUACUUUAGUUGGGCGUUAAUUUUUUUGUUUAUAGUUUUUAGUCCUUAGUUCAUAGCUAUGUAUAUUAUUUAGUUUUACUUACUUUUAAUAUUAUUGGAUUAUAUAUUUUAUACAAUUGUUCUUAAAAUCAACCCUAAACUUAUUAGCCUUCCCACACAAGCACACAGACAUGCCGCGGGGCAGGGUUUUUAUUUAAGCAAUUAUUUCAUUCGAAAAUUGGCAACCAAUUUUUGAAUAGAAAACAGUACUGCUUUGUUCUAUUUUUCACUGUGAAAACUAUAGUUCAAAUAAAUAAUAAUAAAGACUUAUAAAUAGCAUAUUUAUGAAAUAGAAAAAUGA